AUGGUGUGGGAAGGCAUUUCGAUUCAGGGGUCCACGGAGUUGUAUAUCAUCAUAAAUGGAGCACUGACCGGUAUCAGAUACAGAGAUGAGAUCCUUCAGCCAAUUGCGAGAACAUUUACAGGUGCAAUAGGGACAGAAUUUGUUUUGAUGGAUGAUACAGUACCCGCAUCGCCAAACAUAGUGAACCAGUACCUUGAGGCAGAGACUAUCUAUAGAAUGCGAUGGCACUCGAAGUCACAAGACCUCAAUCCUAUUGAACAUCUCUUGGAUGUUCUUCAGAGGCAAAUUCAGCAGCGGUAUACUACUCCAUACAAUCCCAAUGGAUUUGAAGUUGCUAUGGUUUUUAUCCAUUUCAUUUCCUCUGCAGCUAUGGAUGGUUUUGUUGACUCUUGUCCACAAAACCUCACAGAAGCUAUAAAGGCCUCUACAAGGCUUGAGUGUGGUCAAGACAAGUAUGGCAAUGAUCAGUAUAUAUGUCUCCCUAACACAGAGAAAAGUGGUCUGGUAGAAUUAUGUCACAAUGGGAUCAUGGGUAUUAUUCAAAGAGGAUACUGCUUGGAGACGACUGAGGGUAAUCUGUUUUCACGUGCCUGUUCAAGGUUUAUAGAAGGCUGUCCAGAUGAUCCUUACAGGAGCAAUAAGAAUUACAAUUAUCCUGCGUGUCAACAAAUCAACACUCAAGAUCACUGCUAUCUUGCUGACCCUUCUUGUUCAGCAACAACAGAAAAUACCUUUCACACAUCAGGAGUUUCUACAACUGAAAUAAACGUUGACCAUGACGUUUACAGCACUACGACAAUAUAUAACCAAACAACCACAAUCCAGGAGUAUGAAACUACCUAUAUUGGAGCAAUAGUUGGAGGAGUGUGUGCUGGAGGGAUUGUUCUCAUCGUUCUCCUGUUCAUAGGAGUUCAUUUAAUGAGAAGAAAACAAAGGUGUAUAUAUAAAAGAAAAGAACCCAAUUCAGAGACGAUCUAUUUUGUGGGAAAAAGAGAAAGCAGCUCGGAAAGUGUCUCAUGUACAAGACUUGCCAGUUCUGUCAAUGAAUGUACAAGCAAUACUCCAUUGCUGCCAACUUAUACUACUGACGAUGCAGACAAAAUAUCGACAGAUAAGGAUGACAGUCAUACAUGUAGCAGUGUAGGAUCCAGUAGUAGUGAUGAAGAUCUUG